GAUGUCAUUGGUGCAGCCCUGAGUCGUAUUGGAACUUAUGGUGACUUGGAUAACAGGCAGCAAGUUGUGGCUUUGAUUGAUGAAGACUUGUGCAUUAACUGCGGCAAGUGCUACAUGACCUGUAAUGACUGUGGUUAUCAAGCCAUUACCUUUGAUGCCAAUACCCACCUGCCUCAUGUGACUGAGGACUGUACUGGAUGUACUUUGUGCUUUUCAGUUUGUCCUGUUAUUGGUUAGUAGUAUGAAAUGCCCAGUGUGAAUCAGUCAGUCAAUCCUCUUAAUGGAUCCUUCCUAUGUUGUGCACUAAAAUCGGUCCCUAUCAUUUUUCAGUAUUUUUUGUUGUCUUUCUAUAAGGUGGACAGUUCUCAAGAGGGAGACUUAGGGUGCUUUUCAUCUAGGCAAAUUUAGCUUUGAACGUGAGUGAAGAAUUGUUUUUCUUUCUUCUGGAAACGUCCGGGAGAAGAGGGAAAAAAAAAUACCAUUCCAUCGACACAUUUCUCGUGUUCUAUGCCAGUUAGAAGCCCACGGCUAUAAAUUGACUCGACAGUUUCGUAAGCAAAAUGGUCUCCAAUGGUAUUGUGUACAAAUGAUCGUUGCAUUCAUUUCUCUUUCUUAUCGGUUGAAUACAACAGAAAAUUUAAUGGAAGUGCAAACUGCUAAUAACCUUCCUUUGGAAUUUGUGUAAUCAUAUUUAAGUUAUCUUAUUAUAUUGAGGUUGCCUGUGCUUUCAUGGCGAUCUUCAGCUGUUGUUAUCCAAUGCUGUGCUUUCUUCUGGGGACCAGACGAUAUAUGUGACAAAAUGGAUGAAAAAUUUCCCAGACAAAUUCCGGCUGAAAUUGCCCGAAUUUUCUUCUAGAUCGAAAGCGCCCUUACUGUCGUGUCAGUCCUAAUCAUUCCUUUGGCAAAUCCGUUUGUAGUCCUAAUGAUAUGAUCAUGGUCGAAAACCCUAUUCAAGCUCUAUUGUUUUGCAAUAUAGGGAUUUAAAAUUACGUUUAUGGCAAGCGGCAAACUCAACUUAGGAAAUGGGUGGAUUUAUAACUGUAGAAGCUAAUUCUUAUGGAUGAAACUAGUCUGAAACUACCCAUUUCCGGGUAGAUAAAGUGAAUAGUGAACAACGUGUACGACAAAACCUGUUCAUGGGGUAGCAGUACAAAUGGAUGUCUUCUGUUUGCCGUAAACGUGAUUCUAAAUCUCCGUUUAGCCUAACUUAGUAGUUAACAGGGAUCAUCGGUAAGUUAUUUGAUUUAGACCACUUAAUCAAACAGUGUGGGAUUAUUAUUAAAGAAAUAAGUAGGAGAUGGAACUUUGCAGUUCGCCCUGUCAUCAAUCUGUCAUCAGCCAGACUAUUCUCAAAACCAUGCUCGAGACAAACUGAGGAGAGCUUAUGGUGGUUAAUAAAGUUCUGAGGCAGUGAAAUCCAGGGUGCCCGGCAUACGCAUUUUCUGCGAAAACUUGAAGACUUCCAUGUUACCCAAGGGCAAAAAAUGAGAACAUCAAGCCCUGUUAGAGUACAGCACUGAGUACUUCGACUUUGAGUUUCUUCACCUUUUAUUUGCUGGUGGGGAGCAAUGGUGUUACAUUGGUGAGAGCGCUUUCCUCCUACCAAUUUGGUCUGGGUUCAUAUCCCGGCGUCGAUGCCUUGUGUGGCUGGGUUGAAUUUAUUAAUGGUUCUCUCCCCCGCGUCGAGAGGUUUUUCUUCUUAGGAUUUCCCCUCUCCUCAACUGACACCAAUUUUUUAUUCCAAUUCAACCAGGAAUGGUAGAGAAAGAACCUUUCCGUGAAUGUGAAUGUGCUAUUGCGUAAUCGUUUUUUAGUUAUUUUUUUUUGUUGCCUUGUAGAUUGUAUCAAGAUGGUACCAAGGGAGGGACCAUACAAGCCCAGCCGUGGGGUCCCGCUUGCUGUCAAAGCUGAGGCGUAAGCUAAUGACCUGUUAUCUUCUGCAUUGUUGUGGGGGGAGGGGUUUUGUGAUUCACAUGAUCAUGAAAACCAAGACGUUACUUUAUUCUCUGUAAUGAUCUGGGUGUUUCAAACUGGUGGUUAAAAAGAUUAUGAUCAACACUUCAUGUAAAUUAAUAUAUAAUAAUGAUUACAUAAUUACCGGUAUAUUUUAAUCAAUCGUGAUAAUGUUUUACAUAAUUCUCCUCAAACAACAAUAUACACUAUCCAAUGUACACAAGCAAGUCUCAAUCUAAAAAUUAUUAUUUAAUGUGAGAAAUGUGAUGGAGAGGUUCUUGUGUGACGUAAGGCAAGGUGAACACAGUGUGUAUUGGGCAUCAGUACAAACCCGUAUGUACCUAGAUCUCUUGUUCUUCUAUGUGAUACUCAGAAAUAUUUCUUUAUUGGAUGUGAUCGUAGUUACUGACAGGGUUUUACUGCAUAUCUAAUGCAUUCGUAUUUUUCUAGUUGAUAUUUAUGGAUUGACUGGAUUUAUGUAGAAAUUUUUUUAGUGGUAAAUUUUUAGCCUAUUAAAUGUACUUACCCAGGAGGUCAUGUCAAUUUAUUUUUGUAAUGAUAAGGUGCAGUGAGUAAAUAAAGUGC